AAACAAAGAUAAUAAUAAUACUUUAAGUCUUGUCAAAGGGAUGCACUGCCUUUUUGGGUUCUAGGGCCACAUUGAUAGGUUGUACUACUUAAAGAGGUAUUCCAAUCUGAAAAGGAUAUAUCGCAAACACAGGAUAUGUCUCUAGUAACAAACAGACCAAGAAAAAAAAUAAAUAAAACAGAAAUCUACUUAUGUGCAAGAGGAGGGGAGAAGCGGCCUGGGUCGUGUACCUGGACUCUGUGAGCCUGUCUUCUUCCUCCAGAGGAUCCUUACUGUCCCUAAAAGUCUGGACAUUAUCUCAUAGACAGACAGAAACUAAUUUUGUCUUGGGUAAUGCCCAGAUAGUGGAUUGGCCUAUUGUCUACAGCAAUGACGGGUUCUGCAAGUUGUCGGGAUACCACCGGGCAGAAGUUAUGCAAAAAAGCAGCACAUGCAGUUUUAUGUAUGGGGAGUUGACGGACAAAGAGACCAUUGAGAAAGUCAGACAGACGUUUGAGAAUUACGAGAUGAACUCCUUUGAAAUUCUAAUGUAUAAGAAGAACAGGACGCCAGUCUGGUUCUUUGUGAAGAUUGCCCCCAUCCGAAAUGAGCAGGACAAAGUGGUUUUGUUUCUUUGCACGUUUAGUGACAUCACAGCUUUUAAGCAACCGAUUGAAGAUGAUUCAUCGAAAGGUUGGGGGAAGCUAGCACGGCUAACAAGAGCGCUAACAAGCAGCAGAGGGGUCUUGCAGCAGUUGGCUCCCACCGUCCAUAAAGGGGAGAAUGUACAUAAGCAUUCCCGGCUUGCUGAGAUUCUGCGUAGACAAGUCUUGGCCGGGAGAAGUCUUCAUGAUGGCCUGGGCCGGGUGGAACAGAAAAGGAAAAGUGAACAACUCCGAUCAGAAAAGAUGUCCCCUGUGCUGCAACUUGGUUCCGAAAUUCUUCCGCAAUACAAACAAGAAGCACCGAAGACCCCUCCUCAUAUCAUCCUGCAUUACUGUGUUUUCAAAACCACCUGGGACUGGGUCAUUUUGAUAUUAACGUUUUACACCGCAAUUCUGGUCCCUUACAAUGUGUCCUUCAAAACAAAACAGAACAACGUUGCGUGGCUGGUCGUGGACAGCAUUGUGGAUGUGAUAUUUCUGGUGGAUAUUGUACUAAAUUUUCACACCACCUUUGUUGGACCUGCUGGGGAGGUCAUUUCUGACCCAAAGUUGAUACGUAUGAACUACUUGAAGACCUGGUUUGUCAUCGACCUCUUGUCCUGCUUGCCGUAUGAUGUCAUCAAUGCCUUUGAAAAUGUGGACGAGGGUAUCAGCAGCCUUUUCAGUUCCUUAAAAGUGGUUCGGCUUUUACGACUGGGACGCGUGGCGAGGAAAUUGGAUCAUUAUAUCGAAUAUGGAGCGGCCGUCUUGGUGUUAUUGGUGUGUGUCUUUGGCCUGGCAGCUCACUGGUUGGCCUGCAUCUGGUACAGUAUUGGAGAUUAUGAAGUCAUUAAUGGAGACACCAUUAGAAAUGAAAGCUGGCUCUUUCAGUUGGGAAUGACCAUUGGAUCUCCCUAUCGGUAUAACUUAUCAGGCUCCGGAAAAUGGGAAGGUGGGCCGAGCAAGGAUUCUGUCUACAUCUCCUCGCUGUAUUUUACUAUGACCAGCCUCACUAGCGUGGGAUUUGGGAAUAUUGCACCUACUACAGAUGGAGAGAAGAUCUUUGCUGUGGCCAUGAUGAUGAUUGGAUCGCUUCUAUAUGCAACCAUUUUUGGUAACGUAACAACAAUCUUCCAACAAAUGUACGCCAACACAAACCGAUACCACGAGAUGCUGAACAGUGUGAGAGACUUUCUUAAACUUUACCAAGUGCCCAAGGGUCUGAGCGAACGAGUCAUGGAUUAUAUUGUGUCCACCUGGUCUAUGUCCCGAGGUAUCGAUACUGAAAAGGUUCUUCAGAUUUGUCCCAAAGACAUGAGAGCAGAUAUCUGUGUCCACUUGAACCGCAAAGUAUUCAAGGAGCACCCCGCAUUUCGACUAGCUAGCGAUGGCUGCCUGAGGGCUCUUGCCAUGGAGUUCCAGACUGUGCACUGUGCUCCGGGGGAUUUAAUCUACCAUGCUGGGGAGAGUAUAGACACCCUGUGCUUCGUGGUGUCUGGAUCUUUAGAAGUUAUCCAAGAUGAUGAAGUUGUUGCUAUUUUGGGUAAAGGUGAUGUAUUUGGAGAUAUAUUCUGGAAAGAGACCACCCUGGCUCCAUCUUGUGCAAACGUUAGAGCUCUGACGUACUGCGAUCUUCACGUCAUCAAGAGAGAUGCCUUACAGAAAGUGCUGGAUUUCUACACUGCCUUCUCUCAUUCCUUUUCCCGAAACCUUAUUCUUACUUAUAACCUGCGUAAAAGGAUAGUGUUCCGGAAAAUUAGUGAUGUGAAGAGAGAGGAAGAAGAGUGGAUGAAAAGUAAAAAUGAAGCCCCCCUGAUCCUCCCACCAGACCAUCCAGUCCGACGUCUGUUUCAAAGAUUCCGUCAGCAGAAGGAGGCGCGUCUGGCAGCAGAACGAGGAGGAAGAGAUCCCAAUGACCGUGAUCUGGAGAAAGGAAAUAUACUGGUGGAACAUUCUGCUCGGAACACCAUAAAGGCCAGCCUUGUCACCGUCACCGAAAGCCCCGCUACUCCGGUCUCUUUCCAAGCGGCGUCCACCUCUGGUGUGUCAGACCGAGCUAAGCUCCACGCGCCAAUAUCUGAAAUAACUGGAGGUAAAGUGGCCGGGGAGUUGGUGAAAAGGAAAGGGUGGGCGAGGUUUAGAGAUUCAUGUGGGAAAGAGGAGGAUUGGAACAAAGUAGCUAAAGCAGAGUCCAUGGAAAUUCUACCUGACAGAACUAAACCGUCAGGGGAAGCCACAUUAAAGAAGACAGAUUCCUGUGACAGUGGUAUAACAAAAAGCGAUUUACGUUUAGACAGUGUUGGGGAGACUAAGAGCCCCCAGGAUCGGAGUCCUGUGCAGGCCGAAGUUAAACACACUUUUUAUCCCAUUCCAGAACAGACCCUCCAAGCGACUGUUUUAGAAGUGAAACAUGAGUUAAAGGAAGACAUAAAAGCUUUGAAUACUAAAAUCACAAAUAUCGAAAAACAGCUUGCGGAAAUACUAAGAAUAUUAGCUUCAAGAAGGUGCUCCCAGUCACCACAGGAGAUCUUUGAAAUAUCGCGGCCCCAGUCUCCAGAAUCAGAAAGAGAUAUAUUUGGAUCCAGCUAGAACAACCUGAGGACCAUAGUUUUAUUGUAAAAGUGCCCCGCCCCCUCAUGUUUCAGGCACUGCCUCCAACAUGGCUGUCUACUCUUCUGUGGGUGUCUCCAACCCUCUACGAGAUGAGCAUGUUCUUGGGCAAACACAACCUAUGUCUCCCAGGUGGGCUCUGUCAACCAUCUAGAAGUUAUGACACGGUUUUGUUGAUUCACUCUGUAUCUGAAAAGUUAAGGAUGGACUAGUUUUAUGUGAAUUUUACACAUAUCAUUAGAUGCCCAGAAAGGAAGACGAGAGUGGAGGCACAAGAUGGCGGUUUUAUUUCCUGAGCCUUUGUAUUAGGGUUAUUGAAUACUAACUUUACAACCGAAUAAGAAGAGCCUGGCUGAUGCACCUUUAUAUCAGAAUAUUGGGAAGGUGUUUUAUAAUAUUUCUUCCCAAAAAGCAUGCCUUAUGUAACUGAUUCUCAUCCUUGUCCAUUAGGAAGGAUGGACAAGACGGCCUGUAUGACUAUACGAAACAUGUUACAUUGCUGCGGCCUUUAUAUAAAGCUUGUAAAUCCACCCACUGAAUGUCACAAUAUAUAUAGACAACACUGUGCUUCGUAGCUUCUUUUCUGGGGCUUUUAAUUGAUUAGGAAGCUAUAAAAGCUGGGAAUCUCCUAUAUAUAUAUAUAUAUAUAUAUUUUUAUAGAUUCCCUUCAGCUUUAAAAAAGAAUCAUUGAAGAGUUGUGAACGAAACUUUAAGCUUUUUUUAAGAUUAUGUAUUGCAGUACCUUCUUGCCACCAAGAGGUGUUGCUGUUUUUUCUUUUGAAUGUUGUCUAAAAACUGGUUUUAGAAAUAAGAUGUAAGCAAUAGCAUACAGCGCCACCUGCAGGUGAAGAAGGUACUACGCUAAAAACAUAAUUCUUAAUGUAGAUUGUAAAGAGUCUUCCAGCCAGCUACAGUUGUAUAAAUAUUUCUUGAGAUGAUUUUACUGAUGGUUAUGAGGGAACAUGCGAGUAACUUUAGUGUGGACUUUAUAUUGAUAUGUUCUUCUAUUGACGGAACACUCCAGGCAAAUAUUGUGCAGAGUGUAGGACCUGCGGGGGCAGGGCAUUAUUCAGGAAUUUAAAUAAUAAACCUGUGGCAAGCUCCACCCCUGCAGAUCCUUCACUAGGGAUAACAUCUAAAGUUCAACAACUAGUACUACUAAAUCUCUGCUUACUAUAAAUUGUAUUGGAUUUUCUUCAUUCUCCUCCUUCAAUACUUCCCAGUGCUUUUAUAUGUUCAAAUAUAUUGUGACAUUCAGGCUAUAUUUUUAUGAUACAUCUUCAUUAACUUUUCUGAAAAGAUGCUUAUAUUUUGAUAUCUUAUGUUCCUAAUUUAUUGCACGUAACUAGGCCUCGCUUAUCGACACUGUCGAAAAGAAUUACUGGUCUUGUUGCCAAUAGCAACCAAUCAGAGCUCAGCUUUCUUUAUUUUUUUUUAACUACACUGUUGCUCAUAGCAACCAACCACAGUGCAGUUAAAAAAAAUGAAGCUAAUCUCUGAUUGGUUGCUAUAGGCGACAGGACUAGGCUUUUUUGUCUUUUAGGCCGUUUUGAUGACUCUGCCUGUGUUAUAUAGUUUGAUACAUAUCCAGAUCUGUCUAUAUUUGUCAUAUAUCACAUAUAUAUAUAUAUAGUAGAGAUUAUAUCAACCACAAUAUAUUGUCUGUCAUAUAAUCUAGAGCCCCAGUGGUUGGUGAUGAUUAACUACCACUUAAAUAGUAAACUAAAUAGUAUAUUCUAUUGUUCUAAAGCAGCGGACCCCAGCUAUGGGCCCCCCUGGCCGUGGUGAAACUACUCCCAGCAUGCCUGCUGUUUCGGCACAGGCUGAAGGUUGUAUUUUUGCUAUGGUCAGAGCCUGAGGUCAGGGAUACCUGCUGUAGAGAAUUUUCUAUCAGGGAUAUGAAACAUGUUUUGCACAGAUUAUAGUAGCCAGUACUGUAAAAGUAUUAAUCAUUACACAAAGCAUCUGACCUGACAACACAGCCUGACAAAUCUGAAGGCGGCGACAUAAAGUUCGACUUUAUAUAAAUGAUUUCCACCGUCCGAUACAGCUGCAGGGAUGUGAAGGAUGACACGACAAAUGUUGAGCCUUAUUGUGUUUGGCAAGUGGUUUUCUUUUACUGGGGAGAGAAGCUUUACCCAUUGGCUCUCAAUCAAUGGAAUUACUUUUCUUUGACAUCUGCUCCUUCCCUCUCGAGAAGACCAUCUUGCGUUUCCUCGGAGUAACCAAUUCUAUUAGCUGAUAGCGGAGUCCGUGAUAUUGCUUCUUGUUGUGUUGUCUCUGAUCUGUAGUCAUCAGACCGGUAGAUAUAUGCAUACGGUACGGCUCCAGAAAUGGUUUCAGAUAGGUCAGCUACUCAACUUAUCGGCUCGUAAUAUAUAUUUUAUGUAUAUUCUUCAAUUUAUAUUUUCGUCAUAAUUUAAGAAUAUACCAAAGAUCAAGUUUUUUUUUUUUUUUUUUAGAUAUUUGAUCACUUUCCAAUAUACACAUCCCAGGUUAA